UUGAUUGAAUUGAAUUGAAUUGAAUUAUAGAAUGGUUGGUGUAGUACUAUGGGUAGCAUCCAGCUUAGACACACCGGUACUACAAUACAAGAACAGCAGUGAUGAACUUUAACCCUUUUAACUCUCUCCCUCUGACCCAACCAAACACCACUGCCACUCCAAUCAAUUCCUCAUCCCUAUACUAUUCCAUUCUCUUUCUUUCUCUCUUCCCCUGACCUAAUUUGUACUUCCAACUUUUCCAAUUUCGCAUGGAAAAUAAAUUAUUGAAUGGCUAAAACUUUUCUCACAACAAAGAAAACAACAAUCAACACCAACAACAACAACAACACAACAAAACAUAAAACACCGAAACAAAAACAUAUACUGUCCGAGUCUGGAUCCUCCAAGAAACACCCAUCAUCAACUCCAUCACCAAAACGACACCGUAUUAAACCCGAAACAUGUAGAACCGUUAGAGUUAACAGUUCCGUUACAACCAGGAAAGAAACGGUGUCGUUCUACUACUUCGGUUGAUUAUGUAGAGAUAAUGAAUGGCGGUGAGAUAGUGGAAGUUGACGGCGGUCACAUUAUACGGUCGCGAGGAAGAAAAGACCGUCACAGUAAAGUUUGCACCGCGAAAGGCCCGAGAGACCGCCGGGUACGGUUAUCGGCCCACACCGCUAUUGAAUUCUACGACGUUCAAGAUCGGUUGGGCUUUGACCGGCCCAGUAAAGCCCUUGACUGGCUCAUUAAUAAAGCAAAGCCCGCCAUCGAUCAGCUCGCGCAACUUCCUCCAUGGAAACCUACUCUUGUUAGUUCUAAACAGCAACAAAACGACGACGUUGAAGAGAAGGAAAACGCUAACGAAAACGAGUUUCGUUUUCUUCAGAACUUUAACGGCAAUAAUAACAGUAGCAACGGUUUCAUUCCGUUUGAAACUGAAACGACGUCGUCUUCGCCGAUUCAGUUUCAGAGUUAUAAUAAUAGCACUCCUGAUUUGCUUUCGAGAACGAAUAGUAAUGAUUUGCGUCUCUCGCUUCAACAGAAUCGGAAUCAGAAUGUUCAGAAUGUUCUAUUCGCCGGAAACUUUGAUGGAAUUCCGAUAGCAUGGAAUUCCGGUUUUGGCGGCGGCGGCGGUGGUGUUGGUGUUGGUGCUAUUGAUACUGGUAGUGGUGGUGGUAGUAAUCAUAAUCACCAUGAUGAUGAUUCAGGUGGAGGUUUUGUGUUUCGUACUCCUUCGCCUUCGCCGGUGGUUUUUCCGGCGGUGAUGUAUGGUCAGAAUCAGUAUCUUUCUCAGAGGGGACCCCUUCAGUCCAGUUACAGUCCUUCAGUUCGUGCUUGGAUAGAUGCUCCGACGUUUGUUGCUGCUGAUUAUCGACGUCAGGCGGCUGCUACGGGUGCGUUGGGUGCCGGAUUUGCUUCUGGUAGCUUUUCUGGCUUCCGUGUGCCGGCGCGAAUUGGAGGUGAUGAUGAUGAGGUGCAUGGCGGUGUGUCUGAAAGGCCGUCAUCUGCUUCCUCUGAUUCUCGUCGUUGAAAUUGUUAACCUGGUUUCCUUAUCCUUCAAGACUCGCCUUUGAAACCCUAAAUCUGGAAAUCAAUUUGGUAUGUGAUUGUUUUCGCUUGUUUCGAAGAUGAUUGGUUGAGAACUUGCUGUGUUUCUUGCGGGAUCGAGAUGAGGAGUUGGAUUUGGAAUGGUUCAUUUCAAUGGUUUAUGCUUGGGGAAUGAAGAAAAUCUGGAGUUGAAUUUUCAGGUUUUCCAUGCUCAAGUUUGUUAUGUUAAUUUUCAUGUUAGAGUACUGUGUUUGUUUGUGUGUUUAGUUAAUCAUUGUUGUAUUACUAUGUUUGAUGUUGUUUAUAAUUUGUUACAAUUUGUAGUUACUAUAUCUAUUGUGUAAUUUGUUAUCAAGUUUUAGUUUUGGUAUGAAAA